AUGGCCGACACUACCCUCCUCCGCCCCACCGCCAGCCUCGUGGGCAUCACGUCCACCCUCAUGCUCUCGGGCUUCAACAUCAGCACCUCGACACUGUUCGUGCCGCUCAUGUACAAGCUCGACAAGCAGACCUCGGCCCGCAUGUUCGACAGGCUGUACCACGACGGCAUCAAGGUCGUCGUCCCCCUGGCCGCCGCCGGUAUCACCUCCUUCGGCUACCUGGCCUAUACCUCGCCCUCACCCUCGCCAUCCCCUGUCGGCGGCGUUGGCGUUGGCGUUGGCGCUGGCGUCCUGGGAACGGGUCUCAGCAAGAGCCUGGCUUUUUCCGUUGCCGCGGGUCUGGUGGUGGCCACCCUAGCCUGGACGCGCGUGGUGGUGAUGCCCGUCAACGAGAGGCUGAUCAGCGUCGCCCGCGAGGUCGGCGCCAAGGACAAGGUGUCGGCGGGCGACGUCGAGGCUCUGCUGAGGCGGUGGUGGUGGAUGAACUACGUGCGCGGCGCCGGCGCCCUUGCUGCCGGUGUGCUUGCGCUGGCUGCAAGCCUGUGA